GUUUAGGGUGCUCUCAAUGUUCACAUUCUCCUUGCCUGUUGUUUUGACAAAGGAUCACUAAGAAGAAAGCAAUUACGACUUACAAAUUCAGGAACUCAAAAAAAAGGUUCAAUUCAAUUCUAAAUAUAUGGUUUCCGGCGAGCAAAUGAAGAUCUCUGUUCGUGUGUUCCUUUUUCACGGAUUGAGCGAAGAGAGAAAGGCGACUGGCUAUUAGCUUUUCCCAUACUAUCUAUUCGAAGUGGAGAGCAUUGAGCACGUCUCAGUUGAAGAUUUGAGAGGAUGAAAAGAGCAAGAGGAAGCUUGGACAUUAGCCGGAAACUGAAAAUUUUGAGAAGAGAGAAGUCGUGCCGGUGGCUGCUGACGUCGUUGGAGAAAAGAGAAGUCUGACGUGCGCUAGUAGCUGCAGACAUCGUUGAAGAAGAGAGAAAUUGAUGUGCGCUUGUAGCUGCUAACGUCGAAGAAGAAGAGAGAAGGCCCACCACAUAUCACAGCCCAAUUUACCUAAACCCGGCCCGAUAAUUUUAGGCGGGAACACUGUAGCAAUUGCCCUCACACCAUUGGCCUGGCGCCACCCAUAUGCCCUCACACUGUAGCAAUUGCCCUCCUACCCAGCCCACUACUAGGCCCAAUAUCAAAUAAUCCAUUAAUCCCCUUGAGGACUCGCUCUCUCUCGACUCUCGCUCACAUCGUAACCCCCAAUCCACAAUGGCGUCCAUCGGCGCGUCGGGCAUCGCUUUCUCCGUUAGCCAUUCCCAUCGCCGCCGUACUACGCCAUCCACGACACCUCUACUCCGGCCACGCUCGAUCAAAUCCAGCCGAACUGGCUCUACCAUAUCUUGUAAAAACCCUGAACCCUCACAGCAAUCCAGAGCCCGGCGAAAUUCCGACGUUUUCCCGUCCAAACGAUUCAAUGGACUCAUUAAAGCAUCUGCUGCGCUCGGCUCUGGUCUCUUCUUGCUUUCUAAGGCGUUUCAUAAGCACUCAUUGUUUGGUAAUGGUGGGGGAGGUGGCUCCGGCGGAGGAACAGGUGGUGGAGGCGGCGGCGGCGGCAGUGAUGGUGGUGGUAAUUUCUGGUCUGAGAUUGUCUGUCCUUCUGCCAAUGCUGGGGAGGAAGAGUCGCAAGAGUGGGAUAACCAUGGAUUGCCGGCCAACAUUGUGGUCCAGCUGAUCAAGCUCAGUGGAUUCAAGAGGUAUAAACUAUCGGACAUCUGCUUCUUUGAUCGGAGUAGCGGGAAAAGAAUAGGAACUGAGGAUUCCUUCUUUGAGAUGGUGUCUCUCCGGCCAGGUGGGGUGUACACCAAGGCCCAGCUCCAGAAGGAAGUUGAAACCCUAGCUUCCAGUGGAAUGUUUGAGAAAGUUGAAAUGGAAGUGAGAUCAAAUCCGGAUGGGACAAUCAACAUCACCCUUCCUUUCUUGGAGAGCACUUGGCAGUCUGCGGAUAGUUUCACCUGCAUCAAUGUGGGGUUGAUGGCUCAACAAAAGCCUAUCGAAGUGGAUUCGGACUUGACAGAGAAGGAGAUGAUCGAGUAUUAUAAAAUGCAGGAGAGGGAUUACAAUAAGAGAAUUCAAAGGUCAAGGCCAUGUUUGCUUUCCCAGAAAGCUCAAAGGGAAAUUUUGAAUAUGAUUAUUCGUAGUGGGAGUGUGAGUGCGCGACUGCUUCAGGAUAUAAGGGACAAGGUGCAAAAGUGGUACCAUGAAAAUGGAUACGCAUGUGCGCAAGUUGUGAACUUUGGUAACUUGAACACGAGCGAGGUGGUCUGUGAAGUGGUAGAGGGAGAUAUCACUCAACUUGCUAUUCAGUUUCAGGACAAGCUUGGAAAUAUAUGUGAAGGGAACACUCAGCUCGAUGUUGUCAAAAGAGAAAUACCUAAACAGCUCCGCAAAGGAAAAGUUUUCAACAUUGAAGUUGGAAAACAAGCCUUAAGGAACAUAAAUUCUCUUUCUCUCUUCUCUAACAUUGAAGUCAAUCCACGGCCUGAUGAAAAGAAUGAGGGUGGAAUUAUUGUAGAGAUUAAGUUGAAGGAAUUGGACCAUAAGUCUGCAGAAGUCAGUACAGAAUGGAGCAUUGUGCCUGGACGUGGAGGUCGUCCGACACUGGCUUCAAUUCAACCUGGUGGAACGGUUUCGUUUGAGCAUCGGAAUAUUAAAGGGUUGAAUAGAUCAAUACUUGGUUCUGUUACUACCAGCAACUUCCUCAACCCCCAGGAUGAUCUUUCAUUUAAGCUAGAGUAUGUGCACCCAUAUUUUGACGGCGUAACAAACCCUCGUAAUCGUACAUUCCGUACAAGCUGCUUCAAUAGUAGAAAGCUAAGUCCAGUUUUCACGGGUGGGCCAGGAGUGGAUGAAGUCCCUCCUAUAUGGGUGGACCGAGCAGGAGUUAAAGCCAAUUUUACGGAGAAUUUCACAAGGCAGAGCAAGUUCACAUAUGGACUUGUGUUGGAAGAGAUUACUACGCGUGAUGAAAGCAGUCACAUAUCUGCUCGGGGUCAGAGGGUUUUACCAAGUGGAGGAAUCAGUGCCGAUGGACCUCCUACCACGCUUAGCGACACUGGCAUUGACAGGGUGGCAUUCUUGCAGGCAAACAUCACUCGAGAUAACACCAAGUUCAUAAAUGGAGCAAUUGUGGGUGAGAGGAAUGUUUUCCAGCUUGACCAAGGACUCGGUAUUGGAAGCAAAUAUCCAUUCUUCAACCGACACCAGUUGACACUCACCAGAUUUAUUCAGUUGAAGAAAGUGGAUGAAGGUGUUGGUAAGUCUCCACCGCCUGUUUUAGUCCUUCAUGGGCACUAUGGUGGCUGUGUCGGGGAUCUGGCAAGCUAUGAUGCUUUCACACUUGGGGGACCAUAUUCAGUACGGGGAUACAACAUGGGAGAGAUUGGUGCUGCAAGGAAUAUACUUGAGGUUGCUGCCGAGCUCCGGGUCCCUGUGAAAGGCACACACGUUUAUGCAUUUGCUGAACACGGAAAUGAUCUUGGCAGUUCAAAGGAUGUUAAAGGGAACCCCACAGCGGUUUACAGGCGAGUGGGCCAUGGUUCGUCAUAUGGUGUUGGAAUCAAGCUAGGUCUGGUACGUGCCGAAUACGCAGUUGACCACAACUCUGGCACUGGUACCACAUUCUUCAGGUUUGGUGAGAGGUUUUGAGGAGGAUGUGGGUUCUCAUAAUGCAAGUUCUCAAACCACAAACUUCCAAUGAUCUAAUGGAUCUCCUUAUGAAAGCCCGCGUCAUUUUGCCCCCUCUAUUUAUGGUCAAUUCGAUCUCUUCUUCGGGUAAGUGCAGCUGAGUUCCGGUCAUAUGUUUUGCAGCAAAUGGUCUCUUCUCUGGGUUCCUUGUUUUUAAAACUAGAUGUAUGUGGGAUUGACAAAACAUUUGUGUUUUUAUUUCCGGUUUCAACGGGUUAUGCGAAGAGCUAAUGUCCAUUGAGGUGAUCAAAGUAGGUUGUGGAUGUCCAUUACAUAAUUUUCAUGUUUUAUUAGAAAUAAACAAAAGGCAAAUUCAUGUGUUGCAAAUGGAGAAGGGAAGAGCUUGUGUUAUAAUGUCCCC